CUAAUAUGACUAACGGAUCCUGGAUGCGUGGUACCCUUAUUUGGAUCUACAGGAAUGUAGGCUCUAGCAGUUCUGCAGCUCUACCAGCCUUUUGCCUGACACUGGAACUGCUGCUCACAAAGUAGAAUCCUGCUGCUCUAUGGUAGGAAGGAUAGAGAAAGAACAUGGCCUGCAUUUUGAAGAGAAAGUCCAUUGUUGCUGUGAGUUUCAUUGCAGCAUUCCUCUGUCUGAUCAUCGUUCGUCUCACAAAUGAAGUAACUUUCCCUUUGAUCCUAAACUGCUUUGGACGAACCAGUGUCAAAUGGAUACCAUUUUCUAAUGGCCAAAGGCAGCCUCUGAGAACUCAUUAUGGAUAUAUAAAUGUGAAAACACAAGAGCCUCUACAACUUGACUGUGACCUCUGUGCCAUUGUUUCAAACUCGGGACAGAUGGCUGGCCAGAAGGUGGGAGCUGAGAUAGACAAGUCCUCCUGCAUAUGGAGGAUGAACAAUGCUCCCACAAAGGGCUACGAGGAGGAUGUUGGGAAGAGGACAACCGUAAGAGUGGUCUCUCACACGAGCGUGCCUCUCCUACUCAAGAAUCCCGAGUACUUUUUCAAAGAAACCAACAACACUGUUUACGUGAUCUGGGGACCUUUUAGAAACAUGAGAAAGGAUGGAAAUGGCAUUGUGUACAACAUGCUGAAGAAAACUGUUGACAGCUACCCAACUGCCAAAAUCUAUGUGACAACAGAAAAGCGCAUGAGUUACUGUGAUGCGGUAUUUAAGAAGGAGACAGGAAAAGACCGAGUCCAGUCAGGUUCAUAUCUCAGUACGGGUUGGUUUACCUUAAUUUUGGCUAUGGAUGCCUGCUAUGGAAUUCACGUCUAUGGGAUGAUAAAUGACACCUACUGCAAGUCAGAAGGCUUUCAUAAAGUUCCCUACCACUAUUACGAGCCAGGAAGAGAUGAGUGUGAGGAAUACUUUCUGCAUGAAAAUGCUCCAUAUGGAGGCCAUAGGUUUAUCACGGAAAAGAAAGUAUUUGCUAAGUGGGCCAAGAAGCACACAAUAAUAUUUACACACCCCAACUGGACAGUGUCUUGAUACUGGUUCUCUUAACUCUCCCUUAAACAGCAUAUUACAAAAAUGUCUCAGUUUACAAUAAUUUUGCUUACAUCUGGCUGGCCUUUCUCAGCCUAGGUAACACUAAACUAAAAACUAGAAGACAAAGAGGGUGAUGGUUCAGCUGUUAAGCAAAAUUAAUCAAUCUGUGGAAGGCAGACACAUUGUUUGUUAUUUCUUAGGGUUUUACUCCACACAAUGCACUUUAUACUUUAACUGGAUUUUACUUCAAGGCAGUAGCGGUUAAAGUCAGAUGAGAUUUCCUGUAUAUACAGGUGCACACAGAGAACAUUGUGGUCCUUUAAAACUUGUCAAUCACCUUUGUUAAUUAAAAUUCAUAUUUGUAGCUCAUUUGCAGUACUGCAGCACUAGUUCCAUUUGUGGUAUUAGUAGAAAUUUUCCACAAAAGAAAUAUGAGGAAAAAUAUAGACCUCCAAGGUCUAUGAGUGAAUAAAUUUACAAAACACCUGAAUACAUUGAUAUAUGUGAGCACUUGUAUAUGUGGUAAAAUUAGAGAUGAGCUAAACAUGGUUCUUGAACUGCAUACAACACUCACAUGAGAAAGUAUUAUUUACUCAAGGCUCCUGAUAUUAAUUAAUAACUUCUGAUAUGCAGCUUCCUCCCACCCUGGUCAGGCAGCACCAUCUUGGAUGAUGUGGUUUGCACUUUUUGAGGCUGUAGUCCCAGAGUUUAGCUCCAGCAGCAUGGCACUUAGAAAGGACUGUGUCAUGCAGCCUGUGAUGAACCUUAGGCUAUUGUACCAAGGCCUGCUGUCAGUACCCAAGCUGGUUAGUGUAAAGUUGUCUCAUGAAUAUCUCCAUUUACUCCAGUUGUGCCUUUGAGUUGCUCCAACAUCCAAAUACCGGUAUUUUGACAGCAUUUCCCAUGCAGUCAUCAUAAUUUAUUUUAAAUCUCCAGUUUCUCCAUCUUUAAAAUCAGGGAUAGUAUCUAUCUACUUCACAAGGGAGUUGUGAGGAUUAAUUUAAGUCCAUAAAGCACUUUCCUGAUGAAGAAUGCUAGAGAGCAUUUAUUCUUAACACAAAAACAAUGGUACCUGUCAUUUAUUCUUGUCUGUUGGGUAUUUGAAGAAAGUGACAGCAUGUCUGAAUCUGAUGGCGAAUUGUUCUGUGCAUCCAUUUUCCUGCUGAGGAUAAUUUGUAAUACUGAGUGCUCUCAGCUUGUGUUGCUUCAGAUGGAGUUUAAAGAACUCACCACCUCGCAGUAUUAUCUGCACAUCAAGAGGCAGUUCAAGAAUUUUAAAACACACUCAUCUCUAGUUUCCAAGCUUACUCUCAUGGAAAGUUUUCAACUGCAGCAGACUCAUUUGUAAUAUGACCAUAAUUCAACUACACGUGAGUUUUAUUUAAACUGUAUUUAAAUUAAUGCUUUAAGUUUAGAAUGUGUCCUACAAAUAUUUUAACAUCUGGAACGUCAGAUUCAACACUGUAAUAGCCAAUACUGUGAACACUUGAAAGAAUUAUGUGUGGAACAUGACACACAGGGUUUACUCACACUACUUAAACAUUAACCAACAGGAAACUUUGUAUGCUUUUGUAAAUCAUGAAAAGGGGAAAGUAAACAGCUAUUUUUACAUGUAAGUAUUUGUAUACUGACUCUUUCCUAUUGUACAUUUGUAUAUAUAAAUCUAUAUUUUAUAUGUUCAUUGCAUAUAUAUUCUCUCAUCAGCAGCUGCAACUCUUAGGAUGGGGAGGAAAUCUCUUCACCAGUGUUCCUCCUCCUGAUGAUUGGUUUCUUGUUCCUGUUGGUAGGUGAUGCCAGGGUAUCAUCUCUCUUUCUCCUUCCAUUUUCUACUGUAAAUGCAGCUUUCUGAUUUUAUUUUUAAUAUAGCUCAGCUUUCACUGCUUAUUUUAGUGCUAUAAGUGUUCAUGCUGGUUGUCAAAGGCUGGGGCCAUGCUUAUGGUCCUGGAUAAACAUCUAUAUUCAAAUACAGGCUCUGUCCAAGAUUUCUUGCAUGACUUGAUGUCUCACCUUCCUAUUUGGAAGAGGAGAAAAAUAAUAUUUUCCUACUCCCUGUCUUGACUGACUUUCUUGUAAGCUCUUGAGACGGAUAUUCUCAUUUGCAAUGUAUUUGUAUAAUGCCUUGCAGAAGAGGUGCCCAGUGUCUGAAGGCUACAGGCAAUGCUAUAAUAUAAAAAUAAUUUAAAGUGGCUGCUUCUUGUCCCUGGAGUUUAAAAUCAAUUGUAGGCUAAUAUAGCAUGGGAUGAAAUCAAGAGGGGAAGGGUCACAGAUGGAUGGAUGAAGAGCUGUAGUAGCAAAAGACAGUGAGCUAGAUUUAUCGCCAUAUGCAUAUGCAUCUUUUCAGUUCAGAUGGAUGGCUGUAUAGAUUCAAAGCUAAUAAAAAAAUUGUAAUGCAGGAUUUGAAGAAUGCAGGACAUGCAGAACCAGGGAGAAUGUUCCACGUGUAUUGUACAGGGCAGCCUGGGAAAACCUAUAGCUCCCUUGUGGGAAGAGGAGCUGAAAAGGAAAACAUCAGUCAAAUUGCACUCGUAUUUAGAAGGUCUUGGGGUUAAUAGAAAGUUACUUUGAAAGUGCUGCACAUGGAAGUGCAGUUGGGCCGGACAGACUUACAUGAGAAGUGUCCUCAUGAAGCAUAGUCUUUCUCCCCAGUGAACACAGCAUAAGGAUUCUGCCUGAGUUGUGUUCACAUGCAAGGCAGUUUUUAAGCCUGAGAAAGUUUUUAAGAUAGUUAAGACUUGCCAAAUAGCCAUAAAUCUGUCGUAAAAUAUGUGCUUCAUACUGACGCUCUUUGUAGAGUGCUUGCAUGCUGUAUGAAACAAUAUCUCAUGCAAAGGCUAGCUAAGAAAAAUACAGGUCUAAGAACAGCUAAAUGUACAGCAAAAUUGAGAACAUCAUUAGAGUGCAGUUGUCACACAGCAAAGUGUUGCUCUCUGCUUGGAUUUGCAGUAAGAGCAGAUCCACUUUUAGAAACAUUGCAGCAGGCUUCAUUCACACUAGAGUAAAUGAACAUCAGUUCCCUUAUUUAAAUAAGCCUGUCUUUAGCAUAAACUAAACACAUAUUUGCAUGAUUUUUAUUAUAUGAAUAAGGAACUGUGACCGCUGUGUUAAAGAUGAUUCUACAAAGAAAUUACUUCAUCAAAAUCUGUUAAAAAUCAGCACUGUAGUACUGAAGAAAGAAUCUCAGUACUUGCCUGUGUAGUAAGAGACCUUGAUGAUUCACCUUCUGAGAGCAGUUAAGAUAUCAGCUGAGAAUCAUUUAUUAAUUCUUUAAAAUAAAGCCUACUAUAGUUUACCUGAAUGUAAUCAGAUCCUAAUUGCUUAUUCAUUCAAGCAGUCCUAUUUUAAUCAGCCACUCGUGUAUAAAACAAGCAGGGAGUUUACCUGAGGUUUUCAAAAUAGAUCUUCACAUUGCUGCUAAUAGAGGAAUACUCACAAAUAAUUUGGCAAAUUUUUUUGCCAUCAGUCAGCUAAGUAGUUGCUAAAUGUUUUCUUUCAUAAUUUAGUUAGCUUUCUAAAAUACACUUUUUGAAGGAAAAAGAAAAGGCAUUUAUUGUUUGGCUUGCUUGUAGCCUUGGUUUUAAUGAAUGUUUAAAUUUUAAUACACUUUAUGUUUUAUGUUGCAUUAUCUUCUAAUUUAAUUUUUUUUUUUCAAGGGAAAAAAAGUUUUAAAUAGGAGCAGAAAUUUUCCUAGGGAAAAAAAAUAUUUUUGAAAGAUUUGGCUAAUUACUAAUUCACAGUUAAUUAACUAAAUAACAUAAAAAAACUGGGGUUUGUUUUUCCAAACAGACGUGAUUCCAACCUUCUCAUUCUCACUAGAUGUCCAGAUCACAUUCUUCUGCCACCAAGGCCUCUUCAUAGAAAGAAAAAAGUAGUCUCUGUAUCCAGCCAAAUUCCCUUUCCAUCUGGGCUGGGAGGCUCCAUCUGCAGACUGCUUGUAUCAGUUAUAUUAGUAAGCAGGAAGGACUGAGGAAAAGUUCUACUUAGGAGCAGAUGGUGUUCCAACUUCUGAAAAAUGCCCCUAAAGUGCUUUAGGAGAGGAGUACCCAUUUAUCUCUCCUGGAAAUACUUUUCCAAAGUAUUUUGUUUCUUCAAAUGCUUUUAGCUCCUGUGCAGAACUAUUGUCCUGCUCUCAGCAGGAAUUACCAGCAAUGGGAAAACAUGCCCUUUACAGGAAAAAGUAGAGGUAAAUUCUGUGUUGUUAAAGAUUUCUGUAUAAACAACACCAGGGAUGAAGAAGUCAGCCUGACACAAAUUAUCUGAAGACUUGCUGAUUUAGGAGUCUCUGAGAACUCAAUUCAAAACUAAUGGAAAUCACUGGCAAGUUUAUGAAUGCAGCACCCAUCCCAGUGACAUCUUUGCACUCCAGGGUGCUAAGGUAAGCAGUGUUUUGUUUGAGAAAUACCGUGUGCAGAUAAUGCAUUGCAUAGCUAAUAAAGAGGGGCCCAUCCAGCGCUUGGAGGGCUGAUGCAGACAGUCUUUAUUUACCUGCUCGUGGGCUGGACAAAAGUAGGACCCCACACAACAAUGCUCAACCAGAGGACAUGUCCAGGUAAGUAAGACUUAAAUAAGUGAUCACUCAUGAAUUAUAACUGGAUGGUGCCCUUAUUAAGUAGAAAAUCAGAAGCACUUUAUAUACUGAUGUUUAUAUUUUGCUGACUUUUUUUUCCUGCAUGUAUCUCAGAAAUAGCAUAUGUCUUUAGUUGGGCUCAAGCAAGUCUGGGGUUUGUUUAUGAUGAACCCUAGAGUACCCACAAGAGUGAAACUCCAUGUUAGUGCCAAAGGAUCACACAGGAGCUGUCUGUGGGCAUUGUGAUGUACUGUGUACAACAGUCUUAUGUAUUUACUAAAAAAGGCCUGUUUUUCUUGACUAGGCGUAGUUCUUUUGAGGAGAAAGUGUUUCAUUUUCAGCAGAUGUGUCUCAUUCUGUUCCUUCUUUCCUGAGAGGAUGCAUAAGAAUGUGACUUAGUCAUGAGGGAGUGAAGAAUGAUAUGGUAAAUAGCCAACCACCAGAUUCAUAUAUAUUUUUCUGGCUGUUGCUGUGAUGUAUAGCUAAUGACACAGACAAAAGCAAUCUUGUAAAAGUAAACUUUGUAUUGCACCAUCUACAGAAGUCUCAUGUGUCUGCUCUGGAUUGGAGUCUCCUAGGCAAACCCUCCAGAAAGGGGCUGAAGGAGAAAGAGAGGGUCUCUCCCCAUUGAAAGACAGGGCUUCUGUGGAAGCCAUAGCAGUCUGUGUGGCAUCCCUGGGCUCCUCCUCCAGCUUUCGUAGGCUCCCCAGCCAGUCGCAGCUUUGGGCCCUUUCCAGCCCCAUUGGAUGAAGUGUGUUCUCCAGCUGACUUACACAGCCUGUGAGCUGCACAAAGUCUGCCCUGUCCUCCCCUUCUGUGGGGCCAGGGAAGUGGUGAUGCUAACUUGGGGAUGAGUGACGGGCGUCAGAGCAGCAACGGUCCCUCAAGUCAGCCGCACGAUCUGGCUUGAGGCAAAGUCUCACCUCAGGUGCUGAACUCAGUUUCUUUGAAUGUGGUGGGAAAGUUAUCACUGGGUUUUGUUAUUGUUUGUAAGAUUAAGUCAGAAAGAGUCACCAUAGUAUGGGUGUCUUAAACAGCUGAUUUCACGUCGUCUUUGCAUUGCUUGCUGCUCUUUCUGGAAAUUCCUCAAGAUAUGCAGCUGUCAGCACCUGCCACUGCUGUUCUGAUUUAUAGGCCAUAAAGAGACUGUAAACUUGAACUAAUGCAUGUUCUUACCAUGUAUUAUGCAUGAUAGCAUGUUACACAUUUUAUUCUCACACUAUAAUAAAUAAUGUAAGUUGUGUGUAAACUUAGUUUAAGCAGCAGCAGUAGUGCUUUUUCUUUCUCUCAUAUCAUGUGUUGCCCAGAGCACUUUGCUGGAGCUCUGUACGUGCCAUUAGCAGGUGGCAGUAAAUAAAUUGUUGAAACCAGUCAGGAAAUAUUUACUAAAUUCGACAUUUUUCACUGGAAUAUCAGAAACAGUUAAACUUGCUUUUGUGAACCUACUCUACUGCUCACAGUCACGAUUCUGUGUUCUGUUCUAAAAAAAUCUCACAUCUGAGCGUAACAUUGGGAAUGACUUUAUUGACUAUUGACAUGGAUAGUGUCAAGAUGUUGGCAGGGCAGCGAUCACAAAUUUUUGACACUUAUGAGAGUAUCUUUUUAACAGGAAUUGCACAUGUAGAAGAUUGGCUAAGAUGCCUGUAGUUUCUUCAUAUUGUUGCUGCUGAAAAUAGUAUUUCUGAGGAUGACUGAAGAACAAAAAAUUGUAUGCUCACUACUCUUUUGGCUGUUCAUCUGUCCCCUCCUCAUACACAGACACAAGCGCACACAUCUGUAAUCAGAGUGUCCGUAGGGAAAGUCUUUUUUUCCAGAUAGUGGCAAGUAAGAACAAGUAAGAGUAAUCUCUUAAGUGGUAAAUAUAGGUUAUAGUACUUGUUGAUUCAUGUUUAUUCUGUAUAUUUCCAAAGCCUGUGUCUACUUUAGAGGAAUUAGCUCAUCUGGAUCAGAUCUGUAGCCUGAAACUGUUGGUGCUAAGGACCUGAUCUCACCACGCAGAGUCUCUAGUUUGGUCCCAUGGGCUGAAUGCCACUAGUGAUUGGAGCUCAUGUUUUAGUUUCAUCUAAAAGGAAUCUAGUUCAUAUCCUCAGGACCACUCCAUCAUGCAAACAAAAGCUUUUGAAGUGAGGCCACUAUACUGGACUGCCACACAGGAAAGUGAAAUUCCUGUUAGCCCAUCUUUUGGCUAAAUAGAAGCCCUUUGUUUUUCCCCGCCCCUCCAGACUUUGCAUGGUGGUUUGUGGGGGGUUUUUUUGCAUGUAUAUUUUUCUUUCAAAUCUGAAAUCUGAUUCCUCCUGUUAGAUCAUGGGAAUCAAGGGCUCCUAACUCCUCCGAAGAUUAGCAUCCAAAUGUGCUCCAUAAGUCAGGAAUGUGGUAUAGGACAGAGUAAUCCAGCAUAGGUACAGCACAGAAAGUGUUUAGUUUGAUGAAGAGUUAACUGUGAUUCAACUUGUGGAUGUGACUUUAUCAUGAACAUGCUGGAUGCUUGUUAAUUAAUGCAUGCAUUGUUUUUAUAUACUGCACCAGACAUAACAAUUCCCUUCUUCAUCUUCCCAGGGUAUUUUUGUUCUUGUGGCCUUCCAGUUGUAUCUGUAUAUGUGUGCGUAUGUGCAUGUAUAUACAGUGUACAAGCAUUCUUCUGUUCUUAGACAGUUGCUACUAUAUGCUGCUAACAUAAACUUAUUCAGAAAGUUCAUGUUAUGCUAUUUAUUACAUGUAUUCUUUGGUUAUCUUUUUGUAAUGUUGAUAAGUGUAUUCCUAGUAAAUAUCACUGUAGGCUUAGAAAACUUUCACACUAUUUAUACUUAUUUUAGAUGUUCUGCCAUGUGUUUUCUUGCUAUGUGCUACUUAGGUUUUGCUCCCAUUUGGAGACUGUGCUUCUAUGUACUUGCAAAA